GUGUGACGCCGGAGUGUUGGAUGAUGCUCGUCUAUAACCUCGCUGAGGAUGCAGUUGCAGAAGCACUAACCGGAGAGCUGUGGACCGGACAGAAUCAAGUAAAACCCACCUUUGCAGUCAGAAGACCCUUGGCUGAUUUAAACCAGAUGAAGAUGCAUCUGAAUCUAUGAAAUGCAUUUGAGGAAAUACAGUAAGAGGUGAUUUCAGUCCGUCCUGUCAGCGAGCAGAUAUCAUCAUGGAUUGUUGUCCGUCUAGAAAUGCAGCAGAGAUGGAGGAGAGCUUGAAAACUGGGGAAGAUGAUACAGAUGAAGUUGAAGUCCGUGUGUGCAAGGCAUCCUGGGAGCCCACUGUACUGUCCACCAUUGGAAAGGAGAUCCAUUAUUUUGCUGGUCAUGAGAUCAGAAUCUGGGAGUCCCUCGAUUCAUUUGGUUCUGUCAUCUGGCCGGCAGCUCUGGCUCUGUGUCACUACCUUGAGUCCAAUCGAGCGACGGUUGAUCUUCUUGACAAGGCGGUGCUAGAGAUUGGAGCCGGCACGGGUCUUGUGUCCAUCGUGGCCAGUCUGUUGGGGGGUUGGGUGACAGCAACAGACCUGCCGGAGGUCCUCGGGAACCUGAGAUGCAACCUGUGCAGAAACACACGGGGCCACUGCAGAUACACCCCGCAGGUGGCGGAGCUCUCUUGGGGUUAUGAGCUCGAUAAGACCUUUCCUCAUUCAGUCUACAGAUACGACUACAUUUUAGCAGCCGAUGUGGUCUAUCAUCAUGACUUCCUAGCAGAAUUACUGGUCACCAUGCGCCACUUCUGCCAGCCCGGAACAACCCUCAUAUGGGCCAACAAGACCCGCUUUGAUUCUGAUCUAUUUUUUUUGGAGAACUUCAAAAAAACGUUCAACACCACCCUGCUGGCAGACAACGAAGAGGUUAAAAUUUACUCUGCCACCGCAAGAGAUGAAAGUGGACUAGCGACGUCAAAAGAGACCAAAGGGGUUGCGAGGAAAGGAGAGGGCCAAGAUGAAGCGGUCAAGAAAGAGUCAAAGCGAGAUAUUAUUGAAGGAAAGAUUAAACUGACAGUAGAACAGAUGCAAGAAUAUGAAAAGAAAAAUGUGCAAAUGAAACCAGGGUGUGCUGAUAUGGAAAAUUUGGAGGAUGAAAAUGUGAACAAUACAGAAGAAGAAGAGGAGGAAAACACAAACUUUGAAAGUGAGGACAGUGGAGAUGAAGAGAACGACAGCUGCUCUGAGAUGGAUUCAACAUUAGUAGAGCAGAAAUCUGAGAAAGGAAACACAGAGAAUGAAUAUGUGAGAUCAUGGGCACCAACUAUUUACUACACACCUGGGAAAGAAGUUUACAAUUUUUUGGGACAGGAAAUCACAAUUCAGGAGUCGAUCGAUUCUUACGGUGCUACUAUAUGGCCAGCGGCACUUGCACUUUGCCGAUUCUUAGAAACACCGCAGGGUCGCCAACAGAUUGACUUACUCGACAAAUCUGUACUUGAGCUUGGAGCUGGAACUGGCAUACUUUCGGUUGUCAUCACGCUGUUGGGUGCCAAACUAACAGCUACGGAUUUACCCGAGAUUCUGAGUAAUCUGACAUGCAACCUCAACAGGAACACGAGAGGCCGGCGGAGGCACGAGCCCCAGGUGGCAAAACUCUUCUGGGGUCACAAGCUGGACGAGACCUUCCCUAAAUCCACACACCAGUAUGAUUAUGUGUUUGCGACUGAUGUGGUCUAUCACCACGACUUCUUGGCCGAGCUGCUGGUCACCAUGCGUCACUUCUGCCAGCCGGGAACUACUCUUGUCUGGGCGAACAAGGUCCGCUAUGCCUCAGAUCUGGGCUUCAUUGACAACUUCCUCAGAUAUUUUGAUAUCACGCUGCUUGAAGAGUUGGAUGAUGUGAGGAUUUAUGUAGCAACCAGCAAAACACCAGAGAAGGAAGGUGACCAGGUUCAAGAGACGAGCGAGAAAGUGGAGGACAACUGUGACCUUGAGUCAAGCAAGCAGGAUGCUGGAGAACCAAACACUACAAGCGAGACAAGAAACAAUGCAGAGGAAGUGGAACAAGAGCAGGAAUGUGACGAUACUCAAAGCUUAGAAAACAUCACAAAGGAGAAACAAGUAGAGGAAGAACUCCAGGAUUCUGGAAGAUCUGUGGAGGAAGAACUCCAGGAUUAUGAAAGAUCUGUGGAGGAAGAGGAAGAACUCCAGGAUUAUGGAACAACUGUGGAGGAAGAGGAAGAAGCUGAACCUGACAAGACAGAACCAGCUGAACAGAGAUCCUGGGCUCCCUCUGUCUACUACAGUCAUGGCACGGAGAUCUACUACUUUCUGGGUCAUGAAAUCAGGAUUCAGGAAUCCAUAGACCAUUAUGGCAGCGUAGUAUGGCCAGCGGCAGUGGCCCUUUGCCGAUUCCUGGCCACCGCAACGGGCCGACAGCAGAUCAAUCUACUUGACAAAUCAACCCUGGAGCUUGGAGCAGGAACAGGCCUCCUCUCGAUAGUUGCCACACUUCUAGGUGCUAAACUGACAGCCACAGAUCUGCCAGAAAUCCUUGGAAAUCUGACGUACAACUUGAACCGGAACACCAGGUGGCAGCGAAGACAUGAGCCUCAGGUUACAGCAUUGGCAUGGGGCCACAAACUGGAGGAGGUGUUUCCCCGCUCCACCCACCAAUACGAUUAUGUGUUGGCAGCUGAUGUGGUCUAUCACCACGACUAUCUCGCAGAGCUUCUCGAAACCAUGCGUCACUUCUGUAGACCGGAGACAACUGUAAUCUUUGCAAACAAGGUCCGGUAUCAGUCCGACCUGGUAUUUAUAGAGAACUUUCAGAAAGCUUUUAACACCACAUUACUGACAGAGCUGGAUGAGGUGAGGAUUUACUCGGGCACCAUGAGAAUCUGAUGAUAGGAGAUGUGACUGAUGUGAACUUUAUGCACCGGCUUUCCAAACUACACUGCUGGCAGAGGUAGAGGAGGUGAAGGUCUGUAUGGCUGGGGCUCAUGGACAGCUUUUUUUUUUUUAAUGAACCAAUGCCGUGUUCACAUUGCAGGCAAUUCCCAUUUGUUUUAGAAACAAUCUUUAGGACUGAAACCUUCUACAACAAUGGUUUGACAGUGUGAUAACUGGACUGGCCAACUCACCAAAUCUUCAGAUACCUAUUAUAUAACAUGUUGCGAUUGACACGAUCCUUUGAAUCAGAAAUUUUAUUCAGAUUUCAAACCACAUAAUGGCUGACCAAAUAAGAUUUUUUUUUUUUUUUUUUUUUACAUUUACAAAUUACAAAUCAACUUAUUUACCUGUGGUUUUGAAAUGAUAUUUCAAAACAUUUAUUUAAUGUUUUUGCCGUUUUACACUUCUGCAUAUGUAUAUGUGCUUUCAAGUGGUAUCCAUUCCGGUAUGAACAGUCAGAUUGGAAUUCACAUUGUUUUGUCAUCUUUCAGCUCAACAGAUUUGAUUCGGACUGAUUGAAAAUAAAACAGUAUGAACAGUAAUUCCUCCAGAUGGGAUUUGAAAAACAAAUCUGGAUUGUCUGCAUUGUAAAUAAAGCCGUGCUGAUGUUAAAAUAAAUAUAGCUGCUUAAGGAAAACAAGUUUGCACGUAUUAGCACAAAAUUAUUAAAUAAAAACAGACCCUGUAAAAUACUAAGAAAAUGUCUUACCGUGCCUUGAUGGAGAAUCUUGUGCUUAAGAAAUCAAAAGGUUAAUUUCAUAUGAAAUGCAUUUCUUGAUGAAAAUGAUGAAUUAGGAAUCGUAUACCCUUUCUAAGCAGAUGUUUUCAGUACUAUGGAGAGAUUGGAGUAUAUAUGUGACCCUGGACCACAAAACCAGUCAUAAGGGUCAAUUUUUUGAAAAUGAGAUUUAUAACUCAGCUGAAUAAAUAUGCUUCCCAUUGA